CGCGCUUCCCGGCAGGGAAAGGGCGGCGGGGCUGAACUUGGCCUCGCGCCCUCCGUGCUCGCCGCCCCGGCUCCGGUGGCGAAACCCGAGCGCGCAGCAGGCGCGGGGCCGUGACGCACACCUGCCGGGCAGCCCGGCCCGCGGAAAGGGAUGCGCGGGGCCCCGGCUUGAGCCGGGUCUACAGCGCCCCGCGCCCCGCGACGUUCCCGGAGCGGCGGCCGAGCGGCUCGGCUGGGCGAGACGCAGCGCCCGGGCUUUCGGAGGAUGCUCGUGGUGGCGGUGUGCAUGGCCCUUCUGGGCUGCCUGCGGGCCCAGGGGCUGCAGGGACACGUCUCCGUAGUCCUGCUGGGAGCCACUGGGGACCUGGCCAAGAAAUACCUAUGGCAGGGGCUGUUCCAGCUGUACCUGGAGGAGGCGGGGAAGGGCCACAAUUUCAGCUUCCACGGGACUGCCCUGACGGCCACCGAGCAGGGCCAGGAGGUCGUGGCCAAGGUCUUGGAGUCCCUUUCCUGCCCCAAGGAUGUGACACCCGCCCGCUGUGCUGAGCUCAAGGACCAGUUCCAGCGGCUGAGCCAGUACCGCCAGCUGAAGACCACGGAGGACUACGUGGCCCUGAGCCAGGACAUUGAGGCGCUGGUGCAGCGCGAGGGCCUCUGGGAGGCGGGCCGCAUUUUCUACUUCUCCGUGCCGCCCUUCGCCUACACCGACAUCGCCCGCAGCAUCAACAGCAGCUGCCGCCCGGGCCCCGGCGCCUGGCUGCGCGUCGUCCUGGAGAAGCCCUUCGGCCACAACCACCGGUCAGCCCAGCAGUUGGCCGCGGACCUCGGGGGCUUUUUCCACGAGGAGGAGAUGUACCGGGUGGACCACUACCUGGGCAAGCAGGCCGUGGCUCAGAUCCUGCCUUUCCGAGACCAGAACCGCAAGGCCCUGGACGGCCUGUGGAGCCGGCACCACGUGGAGCGGGUGGAGAUCGUCAUGAAGGAGACGGUGGAUGCAGAAGGUCGCACCAGCUUCUAUGAGGAGUACGGCGUCAUCCGCGACGUCCUGCAGAACCACCUGACGGAGAUCCUCACCCUGGUGGCCAUGGAGCUGCCCCCCGACGUCGGCAGCUCGGAGGCCGUGCUGCGGCACAAGCUGCAGGUCUUCGGGGCGCUGCGGGGCCUCCGGAAGGGCAGCGCCGUCCUGGGCCAGUACCAGGCCUACAGCGAGCAGGUGCGCAGGGAGCUGCACAAGCCGGCCGGCUUCCUCAGCCUGACGCCGACCUUCGCAGGCAUCCUCGUUCACCUGGACAACCUUCGCUGGGAGGGCGUCCCUUUCCUCCUGAUGUCGGGCAAAGCCUUGGACGAGCGAGUGGGCUACGUCCGGGUCCUGUUCAAGAACCGGGCGUGUUGUGCGCAGAGCGAGCAGCGCUGGGUCGCGGAGCAGAGCGCGUGUCUGCCGCGCCAGAUCAUCUUCCACAUUGGGCACGGCGCGCUGGGCAGCCCCGCGGUGCUGGUGAGCCGGAACCUGUUCAGGCCCACGCUGCCCGGCAGCUGGGAGGAGCUGGGGGGCCCGCCCGGCCUCCGCCUUUUCGGCCGCCCUCUGUCCGAUUUCUAUGCCUACAGCCCCGUGCGGGAGCAGGACGCCUACUCCGUCCUCAUAUCGCGCAUCUUCCACGGCCGCAAGGACUCCUUCAUCACCACGGAGAACCUGCUGGCCUCCUGGGCCUUCUGGACGCCCCUGCUGGACAGCCUGGCCCGCGAGGCCCCCCGCCUCUACCCCGGCGGGGCGGAGAACGGGCACCUGCUGGACUUUGAGUUCAGUGGCGGCCAGUUGUCCUUCUCGGUGCAGCAGCCGGAGCAGCUGGUGCCGGGGCCCGGCUCUGCUCCCGCGCCCAGCGACUUCCAGGUUCUCAGGGCCACGUACCGAGAUGGCCCGCUGGUCGCCGCCUGGCCCGAGGAGCUGAUCGCAAAGCUGGCCAACGACGUCGAGGCGGCCGCCGCGAAGGCCGUGCGGCGCUUUGGCCAGUUCCACCUGGCGCUCUCGGGCGGCUCCAGCCCCGUGGCCCUGUUCCAGCAGCUGGCCACGGGCCACUACGCCUUCCCCUGGGCCCGCACGCACCUGUGGCUGGUGGACGAGCGCUGCGUGCCGCUCUGGGACCCCGAGUCCAACUUCCAGGGCCUGCAGACGCACCUGCUGCAGCACGUCCGGGUCCCGCACUACAACGUGCACCCCAUGCCCGUGCGCCGGCACCAGCGGCUCUGCGCCGAGGAGGACCAGGGCGCCCAGGCCUACGCCGAGGAGAUCUCCGCCCUGGUCGCCAACAGCAGCUUCGACCUGGUGCUGCUGGGCAUGGGCGCCGACGGGCACACCGCCUCCCUCUUCCCGCAGUCGCCCACCGGCCUGGAGGGCGAGCCGCUGGUGGUGCUGACCGAGAGCCCCUCCGGGCCGCGCCGCCGCAUGAGCCUCAGCCUGCCCCUCAUCAACCGCGCCAGGAGGGUGGCGGUCCUGGUCAUGGGCCGGUUGAAGCGCGAGAUCACCCUGCUGGUGAGCCGCGUCGGCCACGAGCCCAAGAAGUGGCCCAUCUCGGGCGUCCAGCCCGUGUCGGGCCAGCUGGUGUGGUACAUGGACUACGAGGCAUUUCUGGGGUGAUGGGGCCUCGCCCUCUGCUCACUCCCGGGCUGCCUCUGUCCUCCCCUGUCCUCUCCCCUCCCCAGUCCUGCCACCUGCCCGGGCGCCUGGCUCUCUGGAACCGGAUGCCUCAGGGUCAGCCCCGGGAGAGGCCCGUCCCAACCCCUUUGAUCGUCCCUGUCCAGAUGUGGUCAGACCCAGAGACAAGGAGGAGAUGGAGGCUCGUGAGAAGCUUCACAUCCAGGUUAGGAGAGAGGCGUCCCCCUAACGGAGAGACUGGCGCUUGCACGUCAGCAUCAGCCCGCCUCGCGGCCAGGCUGGGUGCGGGAGCUCCCAGCUGCAGCAGGGAGCCUGGCACAGCGGGUGCAGGGGCCGUGCCAGGCAGGUGCAGCCCCUGCUUCCCUUUCCUUCCGGAGCCUCUGCCGUUCGGCUGCUGUCCUGCCCCCUGUGGGCUGCCUCCUGCUCCGUGUGUCCGGUCCUUCCUCCUCGUCCCGACUCGGGGGGCGUCCAUCCCUCCGUGGUAUCUUGGCUGUCCCCAGACCUCCAUGUAUAGACAGGAAGGUGAUGACAAGCACACAGCCGCAAACACUGGGUGCUACAACGGUGCCAAAACCUCGUGACUUGUCAGGGGCCCUUCCUCAGUAAUGACCUUCUCUGCAUGGGGGGACCCCGCCCCGCCCGCUGGGCACAGCCAUCAGGCCAUCCCAGGGAUCCCUCCUUCGAGGGCUCUUUCCACUCAGGACCUCCUGGCGGGUGUUGUGCUCUCAGAGUCCUCCCUGGUUUACCAGGAAAGUUCUCGUCAAUCUCUCUGAUGGGGACAGCCCGCUGGGGGAGAGAUGUGACGUCCAGUGGUGCACCAUCCAGACGCUCUGAUCGGACCAGACAGGAGCCAGGCCUUCAGCUGGGGCGGCCGCGGCUCCGGCAGCCGGGGCUGCAGCACCCUCCUCACACUGCCUCUCAGCCCGCCACUUCCUGCCUGCCGGUCCCUCCGGCCGCUCCCUGCACCGCUGCAUUGUGGGAGGCUCGGGAACAAGGCACAGCUUCUCCUUAGGAAUAGGUGAGGUGCUCCGCUCUCCAGAAGCGGGGCCGCAGGGCCUGUUCUCCCGAGACCCCAGGGGUAUCUGAAAUGCUUUAAAAACCAGCAGUGACGGGACACAGUAUUGCAGCUUUCCACCUGGGCAUGCCCCCAGCUGUGGCUGUCAGGAAUAAGGGAUGCUUCCUGUGACUGUACCCCGCCUCCUGGCCUCACUGGGAGGCAGACACGCCAUCAGACGGGCUUUCCUUGGUGAGGAGGGCACCCCGAAAUCCAUUUCUCUGCUUUUGACUGUUCAGACUUUCCUCACGGCUGCAGAUUUAAAGGACUAUUGCUUUCAUGUGAGAUGGGAGCCUGGGAGGUGGUCCCCGUUAAAAUUCUGCUUCCGCUGGCAGGCGGGCUGCUGACCUCGGCAGCACAGAAUCAUGCCGGGUGGGGAGUCUCCUCCCUUCUGGGUCAGCAUCUCAGCCUUUUUGCUCUAGAGAUGCUGGUGGACACAGGUGGUGGCAGGUCGGGGGCCACGGUGGCCACGUGGGGGCGCUCACGCACCAUCCCUGACGGUGUUUUUUGAUCUGACUCCCAGGCGUUCCCCCUGUGUCCCAGGAAUUCCCCGUGUCCUGCUCCCAUUUUUGCAUUCUGCCUCCCUGGGCCCUUGGCCCCAGCUCGCCCAGCUGUUCCUUGGAAACGUGUUCCUCUGGGGUUGCAACACCAGAGAGGACGGGACCUCCACAUGCCUGCGUCUCGGUCUGGGAUAAAGGGUGAGCUGUCACCACUUCUGAAUAAUCGUGAGUCACUGCGGGCCUGAGCCGAGGAUGUCCUGUUCUUAGAGGGUUGCCUGGCCCCGAAUGCACCCUCUGUCUGUGGGGAGUUUGCACACGGGGUUGGGAUGGGGCAAAAAUGCUAACGGUUUCCUUUCCACAAUCAGCUGCUGUCUUCAAAGUCCCCUGGGGGGCACUGUCCGCACUCCCUUCCCUCCCUCCCCCUUCCCCUCCUUCCCCUGAGCGGGAAGCGCGUCUCAGAACCGCCACCUCAGCUGGUGGUUUCCAAACGUCUGGGCCCGUGACCCACAGCCAGACCCCGUCUCCAGCCCAGCGCGGUCAGGACCUGCCCGAGAGCAUGGUGCCCCUCUUUCCUGUCUCGUUAAGAAAAUGCUGCUUGUCAUCCGCUAACUUGAGCUGAUGCAUAGUUUGAAAAAUGCUGCUGGAAUCCAGCUUUACCCCGUUCCACAGCCGAGGACCCAGGCUUGGGAGGGAGCACGCCUGCCUGGCUCCCACGGGGACACUGCCACCAUGCUGGGCCUCGAACCCGGGCUUCCCAGUCCUGCAGCCUCACGCCUGGGCCCACCCAGCACAGCGGGGCUGCCUGAGCCAGAGCAGGGGCU